GUCGACGGGAUUACCUCGACGUGAAAGGAGAGACAAGGACGGACCUAUAGCGUUAGGAGGGUGAACAGGAGAGUAGUCGGUAUUGUGUAGGUGGGGACAGAGUCUCCCUGCCGCGCCGCAGAAGCAACGCGGACGGGACAGUUCUUGGUCCCCGACCGGCCUGUAAGCCAGAAGACGGGAGAGAGAGAGAAUCGCGUAGCGUGCGAGCGAGACGGGAUAAGAGUCAGCGGGGGAGAGCUAGAGAGGGUGAAAUAGAAAGAGAGAGAGUGUGUGUGUGUAUGAGAGAGAGAGAGAGAGAGAGCAGGGAAAAGGGAGUAGCAGCUCGUGGAACGCCGUGUCCUCGCGUGCCUUGUGUCGCGUCUCGAGCGCAGCCAUUACGGCAGAACCGCUCGGUGACGCUUGUAACUAACGUGGUGUGUAGUAGACGCGACAAUAGCGUGGUCCGUUGUGUUGCGCGCGUGAACGUCGCCGCCGUUACGUAGUAUACGAGUUUGUAUCAGAGGCGCACGUGUGCCAGAGUCCGAGCGAAUUAACGCCGCCGCCGCCGCUGCCGCUACCGAAGGGGUUGGCGAGUGUGAAACGAGGAAGCGCGGAAGCUGCCGAGCGCGCACGAGGCUCGUCGCGUCGUGUGGAAGCUUCACGAAGGACCGUACAAAACGAAUUCGGUUUGUGACCGGACCGCUGAGUGGCUCGGACGAGGACGAUUACGUGCGCGCGCGCGUCUCUGUGUGUGUGUACGUACGGGUGGUUAAGGAAAAAUCCAAGGAAUUGAGAUAAGGAAGAAGGAGAGUAACAACAGCCGCCACCAUGUUUGACGUGUUCGGUUCCGUGAAGGGGCUGCUGAAGCUCGACUCGGUGUGCAUUGAUAACAAUGUGUUCCGAUUGCAUUACAAGGCCACCGUGAUCGGACUCAUCAUCUUCUCCCUGCUGGUGACCUCCCGGCAAUACAUCGGUGACCCGAUCGACUGUAUCGUAGACGAGAUACCGCUCCACGUGAUGGACACCUACUGCUGGAUCUACUCGACCUUCACGAUCCCGGAUCGAACCGGCAUCGUCGGCAAGGACCUAGUGCAGCCGGGGGUCGCCGCGCACGUCGAGGGCGAGGAUGAGGUAAAAUAUCACAAGUACUAUCAGUGGGUCUGCUUCACCCUCUUCUUCCAAGCGAUCCUCUUCUACAUACCGCGUUACCUAUGGAAGACAUGGGAAGGCGGUAGGAUCAAGAUGCUGGUGCUGGAUCUCAAUUGCCCGGUGGUGAGCGAGGACUGUAAAAGCGAUCGGCGUAAACUGCUGGUCGAUUACUUUACCUCGAACCUGCACUCGCAGAAUUUCUACGCCUAUCGCUUCUUUCUCUGCGAGCUGCUGAAUUUCGUCAACGUCGUCGGCCAGAUAUUCUUCAUAGACUUCUUCCUGGACGGUGAGUUCACCACUUACGGCUCCGAGGUCCUCAGAUUCACGGAGAUGGAACCCGAGGAGCGUAUGGAUCCCAUGUCACGGGUCUUCCCCAAGGUAACGAAAUGCACAUUCCACAAAUAUGGUGCGUCCGGCACGGUGCAGAAGUUCGACGGUCUUUGCGUGCUGCCGCUCAACAUCGUCAACGAGAAGAUCUACGUAUUCCUCUGGUUCUGGUUCAUCAUCCUAUCGAUCCUGAGCGGCCUCAGUCUUCUCUAUCGCGCGGCGGUUGUACUCGGCCCGAAGCUCCGCAUGGUGCUGUUGCGAGCUCGCUCGCGUCUUUCGCCGCAGGACCAGAUCAAAACCAUCAGCGACAAGUGCCAGAUUGGCGACUGGUUCGUUCUCUAUCAGCUCGGCAAGAACAUCGAUCCCUUGAUCUACAAGCAGCUCAUCGCUGACCUCGCGACCAAGCUCCAGGGGAAGGAGAACGUGUAACUCGCCCAACCAUUCGAUCCGGAAAGGGCCUCUUCGAGGUCCGGAGAAGUCCUCCGCAGGAGGAUUUCUCGUCUCUUCUCCUAGAGCAAUGCCUCUUGCUCGAUAGCGAGAGGAAGCGAACGGUAGGACCGUCUCCAGAUUAGAGACUAGAAAGAGAGAAAGAGAGCCAUAUCGAUUAUCGCGGAUACAAGUACUGAGAAGACGAGGAUUGGAGGAAUUAGCGUCUUAGGCCGAAUUGCACCGGCGGGAUUUCCUCCAACGUACUUGGCAGAUUGAUUAUUUUCUAUUUCUUUCUGUAGUAGUAUUUUUUACAUAUAAUAUAGAUAAAGAAAAGAGAGAGGGAGGGGGAAGAUCUCGAGAUAAUUUCGGACUUUAGUUUUACUUUCAGUGAUUUUUAGAUUUUCGAAUUAACAAAGAUCAUCCAGGAUAUUCUGAAUCAGUUCGAUCGACCUUCAUUAUCGGAUUAAUAAUUUAUGUAGGCUUCGCGUUUUAGGAUUCAUAUGUCGGUAAAGAAGUGAGAUUUAGUCAAUUGAGAUUAAUCGCUUAACAAAAAUUGGGAUUGAUAAAAAAAAAAAAGAA